CCCUGUUCUCUUCAGUGCCCCUUUAUUCCCAUCCCCCUCACACUAAACUCAUGGUUCGGCAUUCAAUUAAAAAUCAGGACACAAGGGCCAGUUUUGCUUCCUAAAACUUGCUAGUGGAAUGAUCUUGGUCUACAUACAUCCUCUCUGUGCCUCCAUGUUUUCAUCUGACAAAUGGAAGAAACUGGACCUUACCUGCUUUCUUCAUACAGCUCUUAGAAGAAAACAAUGCACAAGAAAGCACCUGGUUAGACUGUAAAGCCUGAAAAGUUAGCUCACUGAAAGUUACCUGUUUCCUGUGCUAUAUCCCACUGGAAUCAUAAAAUGGAAAGAGUGUAGGUUUGGGCACUUUACUGGCUAUUGCAUCUUGACAAGUCAAGUCACCUCUCCGAGCUCUCUUCUUCCUCAUCAGUAAAAGGGAGAUGGGAGCUGUGAUUGGUAUAGACGAUGAGGACGACAGCACCUUCACAAUAACUGUUGAUCAGAAAACCUUCCAUUUCCAGGCUCGUGAUGCUGAUGAGCGAGAGAAGUGGAUCCAUGCCUUAGAAGAAACAAUUCUUCGACAUACUCUUCAGCUUCAAAUCAGUACCACACUUGCUUUUUUCCAGUCUUCUGGUAUCUCUCCAGUUCUUGAAUUUUCAAAAAUAAUUGGUUUGGAUUCAGGAUUUGUUCCUAGUGUCCAAGACUUCGAUAAGAAACUUACAGAGGCUGAUGCUUACCUACAAAUCUUGAUAGAACAAUUAAAGCUUUUUGAUGACAAACUUCAAAACUGCAAAGAUGAUGAACAGAGAAAGAAAAUUGAAACUCUCAAAGAGACAACAAAUAGCAUGGUAGAAUCAAUUAAACACUGCAUUGUGUUGCUGCAGAUUGCUAAAGACCAGUGUAAUGCGGAGAAGCACGCAGAUGGAAUUAUAAGUACUAUUAAUCCUGUAGAUGCAAUAUAUCAACCUAGUCCCUUGGAACCUGUGAUCAACACAAUGCCUACCCAGACUGUCUUACCUCCAGAACCUGCUCAGUUAUGUAAGUCAGAGCAGCGUCCAUCUUCCCUACCAGUUGGACCUGUAUUAGCUACCUUGGGACAUCAUCAGACUCCAACACCAAAUAGUACAGGCAGUGGGCACUCACCACCUAGUAGCAGUUUGACUUCUCCAAGCCAUGUCAACUUGUCUCCAAAUACUGUCCCCGAGUUCUCUUAUUCUAGCAGUGAAGACGAAUUCUAUGAUGCUGAUGAAUUCCAUCAAAGUGGCUCAUCCCCAAAGCGCUUAAUAGAGUAA